AUGUCCACGCUGGCCAGCAGUCGCCAUCCGACGCUGAAUCUGACACUGAAACGCAGCAACGAGAGCCAGCGGCGAGAACAGGAAGAAGGAGCGGAGGGUGCAAUGCAUCCCGAUUGCCUGCCACUGCCACUGCCGCUGGGCCCAACUGGCGGCCAUGGGAGCAGUCCGCAUCUCCAAAAGCAGCCUGAGGAUGGGGAGGAGGACGACGGCUCCAACUGCGACGAGCAUAUGGUGAACAUUCUGGACGACCAGGAGCCCAACGAGGAGGACGAUGAAGAGCUCGACGACGCCGCCAGCUGCUGCAGCGAGAACAGCGUCCUCAGCGUGGGCCAGGAGCAGUCCCAGGUGGCUGCCGCCCAGGCCAGGCAGCGUCUGCUCAUGAGCCAACUCUACCGCCCGUCGGCAUUUAGCAGCGUCUCCAACUCCCAUUCGCACGCUGUCGAGGAACCUGGCAGCGGCAGUCCCUUGCCCCACAUGCCUGCGCCGGCCAGCUUUCAGGAGGAGUUCCUGCGCAAAUCGCAGCUCUAUGCAGAGGAGCUGAUGAAGCAGCAAAUGCAGCUGAUGGCCGCCGCGAGGGUGAAUGCUCUCACAGCCGCCGUGAUGCCGCUGGGCGGCCUGCGCGGCCCCAAGGUGUCGCAGCAGCUGCAAAUGGCCGCUGCGGCGGCGGCAGCUGCCGCAAUGCGACCCACUUCUGGACAGGAUGCACUUGCUCAGCUGACGGCCACCGCGUUGGGCAUUGGCCCGGCCGCACAUCCUCACCAGCUGCUCAUGCAACAGCAGCUGCAGCAGCACCAGCAGCAGCAGCAGCAUCAGCAGCCCCAUCCCUUCCAGGCGCAGCAGAGCAACCACAACUACAACAACAACAAUCUCAACGAGAACAUGCAUGAGCGGGCGCUCAAGUUCAGCAUCGACAACAUCCUCAAAGCCGACUUUGGAUCACGUCUGCAGCAGCGCCUGGCCGCAACCGGGGCAGCUGCUGGUGGAGCAGUUGGCGCCGCGCCGCUGAAAACGCCCCGAAAGACCGUCAAGCCUCUGAACCUGGUCCAGUCGCAGUCACAGUCACAGUCAGGUCUGCAGCUGCAGACGCAGACACAGCCCAGCUUGAGCUUCUCCAGCACGCUGGCCAACAUCUGCAGCAACAGCAACGACUCCAACAGCACCGCGACCAGCAGCAGCACCAACAACCCGGCCGCUGUUGACCUGGUCAAGUCACCAAACGCCACCUCGCCGUCGCCAGCAGCGGCCGGCGGCAAGGCUUCGGAGGAUGGGACAGCCGCGACCUCGACAUCGACCAGCUCCACGCCCAUUGUGUGGCCCGCUUGGGUCUAUUGCACGCGCUACAGCGACCGCCCCAGCUCAGGCGAUGGCGUCGGAGCCGGAGCCGGACUUGGAGCUGAAGCGGGAGUCGGAGUCGGAGUCGAAGCUGGUUGCCUGUUGGCUUGGGCCUGGUUGUUGCUUUUCGGCUGCAACAAUGAUUUACCGUGA